UCUACCUGAUCGGAAGAGGGGAGGAGGAGUCUGGUCGGAAAGUGAAUCCGAUCUCCGGACUGAGAGCCUCAUGUCCUCUCUCGCUGUCUCUCUUUGUCUCUUAUACCAGUCUGUCCCCAGAAUAUAGAGAAAUCAGGUCUUCGUGCUGCCAUCCCCACAACCAGCACGAUGAAGCGAAGUUAUCAGCUGGCAGCCUUGGGCUGCUCUCUCCCUUUGGUCAAUGCAGGAAGCUUUGUCUGGAAUUCAGGUACCGGCCACGAUCUUGAAGGCUAUGCGCCAGCACAGCAAACCGCCGGUCUCGAAGACAAGCAGAUGGUGCCUGUCCCAGCAGUUCCAGCACCGACAAGUCCUCCAGAGCUCAGAAGAUCGCCAUUAGGGAAAAGAGCAUCAUCUGUUCCAGGAAGUGUCUGUGGUUACAUGUCUCAUGAUAUCUGUCAGUACAAUUGUUGAAAUAUGUCAAUACUUGGUGUGUGUCUACAC